AAAACAGAAACAAACAAUUAGAACAAUUAGCAUUAGAAAUCAUCCCCAUUUAUUCAUCUACAUCACUACCCAUAACAGAAACAAAAACCUCUAAAGUUAAUAUUUAUUUAACUGAACAAUUUAUUCCCAAAAAUGAUUUUGUAUUCCCUAAAACAAAUGGAAGAUCAUGUCAGUUGAAAUGGUUCAAUUCGUUUAGUUGGCUUCAUUAUGUGAAAGAAAAAAAUGUUGUUUUAUGUUAUCCGUGUGCUUUGGCCAGUCAAACUAAAAAAACAAAAAUAAAAAUUCAUGGGCAAGAAUCGUUUAUCGAUACUGGAUUUCAAAAUUGGAAGAAGGGCACUGAGCGGUUUUCUAUACACGAAAAAAGUGAAAACCAUAGAGCAUCAAUAGAAUAUUUAAAUUUUCGUAACAACAAGCGUCCUGUUAUAUCUUUAAUUACUGAACAGUCUUUAAAUGAACAAAAAGAAGCUCGUACAGUAUUUAAAAUUGUUAUUAGCUCUAUUCGUUACUUAGCUCGUAGCGGUCAAGCUAUUCGUGGUGGUACAUGGGACUCUGGAAACUUAAUUUAUUUAUUACAAGAGCGUUCACUUGAAAAUCCUGCACUAAAAAUUUGGCUUGAAAAACGAAACAAUUGGUUAAGUGGGGAUAUUCAAAAUGAGUUACUUGAAACUAUGGCGCAUUUUGUUUUACGGAAGAUUAAAAAUUCAGUUCUAAAAAGUCCAUUUAUGGCCAUAAUGGCUGAUGGCACUACAGAUAUUUCUGGUCAGGAACAGUUUAGCAUUUGUUUUCGUUUUUUAAAUACAAUUUCUUUAAAUAUAAACGAAAUUUUUGUGGGAAUGUAUAAUCCUCCAAGUGGAAAUGCUGAAACAUUAUUUUCUUGCAUCAAUGAUUUAUUGACACGUAUGUGUCUUAGUUUUGAAAAUGUUAGAGGACUUUGUUUUGACGGAGCGGCAACUAUGUCUGGUCAUAUAAGUGGAGUACAAAAGCGAAUUUCUGAUGUACAACCUAAAUCUAUAUUUAUCCAUUGUUCAAAUCAUUCAUUGGACUUAGCAUUGAGUGAUACUAUUAAAACUGUAGAUUUUGCUAAUGAUGCUCUAAAUUUAAUCAGAUUUGUAAGCAAUACAAUCUUAGAUUCAUCAAAACGCAAAAACAUAUUUUCUGGUAUUGUUCUUUCGACUAACUUAGAUGAAGAAAAUGACUAUACAACUGAAAAUAUACCAGGCAUUAUUCCUUUUUGUCCUACAAGAUGGACAGUCCGAGUAAAAGCAGUUAAUAGAUUUAUAGAAAAUUAUGAAAGGGUUCUUUUAACAGUACAGGAAAUUUUAAAAGAUUCAAAUUCAAUUA